AUGUCUGAAAACAACGAAUCAGCUACACAAAACGCUGACGUAGCUUUCCAAUUGCGAGCCAUAGGCCAACAACUUGAGCUAUUGUCUAGAACGUACAAGGAUCUGAAAGAUGAGGUGAAUUCAAUAAAGCAACAGAAUCGUGGGGCUGAUCGCCGAGGAAAUACGGUCCGUAUGGCCGUACGAAAUGUCAGAUCUGAUUUUGAAGAGUUCGUUGACGAAAACGCAGAUGCGGGUGAAGAUGACUAUGAUUUUGCAUCUGCUGGCCAAGGAAUCAGGUCUGGACCAAACAGGGCUAGGAUGAAUGAACAAAAGAAGGUGAAAUUGGUGAUAAUUGAGUUUACGGAGUAUGCAUUGAUUUGGUGGGAUCAAAUUGUAAUUAGUAGGAGGAGGAAUGGGGAGCGACCCGUUCAGACUUGGGGGGAGAUGAAAGUCUUAAUGAGGAGACGAUUUGUGCCAAACCACUAUUACAGAGACUUAUAUCUGAAGCUCCAAGGUCUGAAUGAAGGUUAUAAGACAGUAGAUGAAUAUCACAAAGAGAUGGAGAUAGCAAUGAUUCGGGCCAAUGUUGUUGAGGAUAGAGAAGCCACCAUGGCUAGGUUUCUUAAUGGGUUGAAUCGGGACAUUGCCAAUGUGGUUGAGCUACAGCAUUAUGUGGAGCUAGAGGACAUGGUUCACAUGGCUACGAAGGUGGAGAGACAACUUCGGAAGGGACAUCCUCGGCCAGCGUUUAAUUCGGGCUCUUCAUCAUCUUGGAAGCCGAAUCUAAAGAGAGAGGGUACUGUCCGGCCAAGAUCCUUUGUUCCUUCUAGAACUGAACUACCAAAGGCUAAAGUUGAGGUUCCUCCUGAUGCCAAAGGUAAAUCUGAAACUCAACCUAAACGUACCCGUGAUGUUAAAUGUUUCAGCUGUCAAGGACAUGGACAUUAUGCUUCAGAGUGUCCAAACAAGAGAAUCAUGAUGAUUAGAGAUAAUGGUGAUAUGGAAUCUGAAAGUGACACAUCUGAUUGUGAAGGCGAACACUUGUUAGAGGAUAGUGAUGGGGAUGAGUUAGCAUUACCGGUUGGGGAGUCCUUGGUUAUAAGACGAACACUUCAGGUUCAGGUAAAGGAAGAUGAAAUUAAUCAACAAAGGGAGAACAUCUUCCAUACGCGUUGUUAUGUACAAAGCAAGGUGUGUGGUUUAAUUAUAGAUAGUGGAAGCUGUGUUAAUGUUUGUAGUACCACCCUUGUUAGUAAACUGAAUUUGUGUACUGUUAAGCAUGCUAAACCAUAUAGAUUGCAAUGGCUGAAUGAUAGUGGUGAAGUGAAAGUGACUAAACAGGUUGUGGUUCCAUUUUUUAUUGGGAAAUAUGUUGAUGAAGUUCUGUGCGACGUGGUACCAAUGCAAGCAAGUCACAUCUUGUUGGGGAGACCAUGGCAAUAUGAUAGGAAGGAGUUUGAUGAUGUGUUCCCUGAUGAUACUCCUAGCGGAUUACCACCAUUGAGGGGGAUAGAGCAUCAGCUUGAUUUCGUACCCGGAGCUUCAAUUCCUAACCGACCAGCCUAUAGAAGCAAUCCCGAGGAGACGAAGGAGCUUCAAAGGCAAGUUGAUGAGCUGAUGGAAAAGGGCUACAUUCGUGAGAGUAUGAGUCUGUGUGCUGCACCUGUGCUACUUGUGCCUAAGAAGGAUGGAACAUGGAGGAUUGUCGUGUUUCUUGGGUAUAUUAUCUCUAGCAGGGGAGUUAAGGUUGAUGAGGAGAAAAUUGAGGCAAUUCGGGACUGGCCAAAACCUGCUAGUAUCGCUGAUGUGAGGAGUUUCCAUGGUUUAGCUUCUUUCUACAGGCGAUUUGUGAAAGACUUCAGCUCUAUUGUUGCUCCUAUGACAGAAUGCUUGAAAAAAGGGAACGACUUUAGAUGGAGUGAAGAUGCGCAGAAAGCAUUUGAGCUAAUUAAGGAGAAGUUGUGUACUGCUCCAGUUUUAGCACUUCCAGACUUUGCUAAAACAUUCGAAAUAGAGUGCGAUGCUUCCGGAGUUGGAAUUGGGGCUGUCUUGCUGCAAGAAAAGAGGCCGAUUGCAUUCUUCAGUGAAAAGUUAAAUGGAGCACGUUUGAACUACUCUAUUUACGACAAGGAGUUCUAUGCUUUGAUUCGGGCUCUAGAGGUUUGGCAGCACUACUUAUUGCCUAAAGAAUUUGUUAUACAUACUGAUCAUGAAUCCUUGAAGUAUCUUAAGGGGCAAAGCAAGCUGAAUCGCAGACAUGCUAAAUGGGUGGAGUUUAUGGAGUCAUUUCCUUAUGUCAUAAAGUACAAGAAAGGGCAAGUUAAUGUGGUUGCUGAUGCUCUUUCUAGGAGGCAUGAAGGUUACUUGUUCAAAAUGGGCAGAAUGUGUAUUCCUUCAGGAUCGUUACGGGAGUUGCUUGUGCGAGAGGCUCAUGGUGGUGGUCUUAGUGGUCAUUUUGGGGAGAAGAAGACUUAUGAGCUGCUGAAAGAACAUUUCUUUUGGCCUAGCAUGUUACGGGAUGUGCACAAGGUGAUUGAGAGAUGUGCUAUUUGCAAGAAAGCUAAGGGUAAAGAGAAUGCAUAUGGACUGUAUAUGCCAUUGCCUAUUCCAGAGCAACCAUGGAUGGAUGUUAGCAUGGACUUUGUACUUGGGUUACCAAGAACACAGCGUGGAAAGGAUUCAAUAAUGGUCGUGGUUGAUCGAUUCUCCAAAAUGUCUCAUUUCAUUCCUUGCAACAAAACUGAUGAUGCAGUACAUGUUGCUGAUUUGUUCUUUCAAGAGAUUGUUCGUUUGCAUGGAGUUCCUAAAAGCAUUGUCUCUGAUCGUGAUACAAAGUUCUUAAGCCACUUUUGGAAGACUCUUUGGAGGAAGCUUGGAACGAAGUUACUUUUCAGUACGGCAUGUCAUCCACAAACUGAUGGACAAACUGAGGUAGUAAACCGAACUUUAUCUUCUUUGUUACGAGCUGUUAUACAUAAGAAUUUGAAGAGUUGGGAUACUUGUUUGCCUAUUGUGGAGUUUGCAUAUAAUCGUAGUGUGCAUGGGGCUACAAAAUUUUCACCAUUUGAGGUUGUGUAUGGCUUUAAUCCUUGUGUUCCUAUUGAUCUUAUUCCUGGAGAUCUUGUUUGGAUUCAUAUUAGCAAGGGCAGAUUCCCAAGCAAACGUAAGUCCAAGUUGAUGCCAAGAGCUGAUGGUCCAUUUCGGAUUAUAGAGAAGGUGAAUGACAAUGCGUAUAAGGUAGAUCUUCCUGGUAAUUACAACGUAUCAGCUACUUUUAAUGUGAAAGACUUGACUCCAAACUUGGAUGACGAUGACGAUUCUGAUUUAAGGACAAAUCAUUUUCAACCCGGGGCUGAUGAUGUGCAUCAUGGGAAUUAUAAUCCAUCUUGUAAGGCUAAAACUAAUGUGCAAGAGGAUUCAGAUGGUCCAAUGACAAGAUCGAGAGCGAAACAACUACAAAGGGCCUUGACGAGUCAAAUUGGAAUGAUUGAAGCUGCGUCAGAGUUAAAAAUUAGCAAUCAGUUUGAAAUUGGUUCAAGGAUGUUUAUUUGCCUACAAUUGGAACUUGGAGAUGAGAAAAGCCCUUAAUUGUUCUUUUGAUGCUGGGCUACUCGAAUUUGGGUUGAUAUGCAAAUAAGUGAAGGAAUUGAUGCUGUUUAUGGUCAGAACAGCAAAUGAAUUUGAACCCGAAUUUGAAGUCAUCCAUUGCAUGUGAAAACAAGACUAAUCAAGGUGGAUUUCAAGUUCAGAACGUGUUCUUUCUAGAUUGUCAAACCAUGAUUGUAUUGGACUUUUGUGUAAGAAGAUAUGGUUGUUUUAAAUUUGGUCUGUUUGUGUUAGAAAGGUCAAAA